CGGACUCCUCUGGCGAGUUGUUCCCAUCUCCCACAGUCAUGGCGGUGUCGGGGAGUCGCGAAGAUGGAGUAAACACCAGCGCUACUACAUCUUGAUUCAUUUUUUUCCUCCUCUCUUAGCUUCAUGCUGGACUGUACCUGCUGUCACUCAAGAUAUCGCAAACAUCCCGCAGGCUGCUGUGCUUCCAACGAUGGCCGACCGCGGCGUUGAUCUGUCGGCUCUGCCUAAAGAGGUCAGGGACCAGCUGGCGGAGUUGGAUCUGGAGCUAUCCGAAGGUGACAUUACACAGAAGGGCUAUGAGAAGAAAAGGACUAAACUUCUGGCUCCCUACAUAAUUCAGGCUCCAGUGCCGCCCCCCCAGAAUGAGGUACGCCCUCCUGCUCCUAGUUCCUCCAGCCAUCCCCCUCCACCAUCCAGUUCAUCCAGGUAUCGUGAACGUCGUUCCCGCAGAACACAUCGUAAUGGAGGAACCAGGGAUGACCGCUACAGAUCAGAUAUCCAUACUGAAGCAGUACAAGCUGCUCUGGCUAAACAUAAGGAGGAGAAGAUGGCACUCCCCAUGCCUACCAAACGGCGGUCCACUUAUGUGCCAUCUCCAAUUGAAACUCGCACACCACCAGACUCCUCAUCAGGUUCUGAAGAUGAGACGUCUGUGCGCAGACAGUCAUCUGGGGUCGGUCCUCCACCUCUGGUCAAUCCCAACCUGCAGAGCCCAGAGUCCUGGAUCACCCGCUCUGUCCAGGGCUCCUCCACCUCCUCCUCGGCCUCCUCCACACUGUCUCACGGAGAGGCCAAACCGCAGCCUCAGAGCCACCCUCAGCCACAGCCUCAGUACAAGCCGCAGUACCAACCUCUGUAUCAACCUCACCACCAGCCACAGUACCAGCCGCAGGAGCAGAGCCGCACUGCAGCUGUGACAGACAUGCUGGCUCACAGUCGCAUUGCCUCCUCACAGAACAGCGCCCCCCCUCCAGAUGUGACAGCUGUGGCCCCUCCGUCCAGAGGCCCACGGGUGGACUUGCCCUCAAACACCGUCCGAGGAAUGAGCCGUGGGCAGAGCCGCUCGAGCAUGAUGGAGACUGCGGACGCGAGAGGUAAUAUCCAGAGAGUUCCUGUGAGCAGCAGAGUGUCCACGAAGAUCCAGCAGCUGCUCAACACUCUGAAGAGGCCAAAGAGGCCCCCGCUCAGCGAGUUCUUCACUGAUGACUCUGAGGAGAUUGUAGAAGUGCCCCAGCCGGACCCCAACACACCCAAGCCAGAGGGUCGUCAAAUCAUCCCAGUGAAAGGGGAACCUCUGGGAGUGGUCAGUAACUGGCCCCCAGCCCUGCAGGCAGCAUUGGCUCGUUGGGGGGCCACUCAGGGGAAGAGCCCUGCUCUUACUGCUCUGGACAUCACGGGCAAGCCGCUCUACACACUGACAUACGGUAAGCUGUGGAGUCGCAGUGUAAAGCUGGCGUACACCCUCCUGAAUAAGCUGGGCACCAAGAACGAGCAAAUUCUCAAACCUGGAGACAGGGUGGCAUUGGUCUACCCCAACAGUGACCCAGGGAUGUUCUGGGUGGCCUUCUAUGGCUGCCUCCUGGCUGAAGUUAUCCCUGUGCCCAUUGAGGUUCCACUGUCUCGCAAGGAUGCAGGUAUCAGCCAGGUGGGCUUUCUGCUCGGUAGCUGUGGUGUCGGUCUGGCUCUAACCAGUGAGAUCUGCUUGAAAGGACUGCCCAAGACCCCCACUGGUGAAAUCCUGCAGUUCAAAGGCUGGCCUCGAAUGAAGUGGGUAAUAACAGACUCAAAAUAUCUGACCAAGCCUUCCAAAGACUGGCAGCCGCAUAUUCCCACUGCGAACACUGACCCUGCAUAUAUAGAGUACAAGGCAAGCAAAGAGGGCACAGUGGUGGGUGUUGCUGUGUCUAAAGUGGCCAUGUUGACCCACUGCCAAGCACUGACCCAGGCCUGCAACUACUGUGAGGGGGAAACCUUAGUGAAUGUCUUGGACUUCAAAAAGGAUAUGGGCUUAUGGCAUGGAGUCCUCACGGCUGUAAUGAACAGGAUACACACAAUCAGUGUUCCCUAUGCAGUGAUGAAAGCUUGUCCUCUCUCCUGGGUUCAGAGGGUUCACAUCCAUAAAGCUCGCGUAUCUUUGGUGAAGUGCCGUGAUCUGCACUGGGCUAUGAUGGCUCAUCGGGAUCAGAGAGACACCAGCCUGGCUUCAUUACGAAUGCUUAUUGUUGCUGAUGGUGCUAACCCCUGGUCAGUGUCUUCCUGUGAUGCCUUCCUGAACGUGUUUCAGUCCCAUGGGCUGAAGCCUGAGGUUAUCUGUCCCUGUGCCACCUCUCCUGAGGCCAUGACAGUAGCUAUACGCAGACCGGGAGUCCCAGGGGCACCUCUCCCCGCUCGUGCCAUCCUUUCCAUGGGCGGCCUGAGCCACGGUGUCAUUCGGGUCAACACGGAGGACAAGAACUCCGCCUUGACUGUACAAGAUGUAGGACAUGUCAUGCCUGGAGCUCUGAUGUGUAUCGUUAAGCCAGACGGACCUCCUCAGUUGUGUAAAACAGAUGAGAUAGGAGAGAUAAUAAUCAAUUCCCGUGCUGGUGGCAACAUGUACUACGGUCUGCCUGGACUCACCAAAAACACCUUUGAGGUGAUACCGGUUAAUGCUAAUGGAGUUCCCAUUGGAGAAAUUCCAUUUGUGCGGUCAGGACUCCUGGGGUUUGUUGGCCCAGGCAGCCUGAUCUUUGUGGUGGGGAAGAUUGAGGGUCUGCUGAUGGUGAGCGGGCGGAGACACAACGCUGAUGACCUGGUGGCUACUGCUCUUGCUGUGGAGCCGGUUAAGACCGUUUACCGUGGGAGGAUCGCUGUGUUUUCGGUCACUGUUUUCUAUGAUGAGAGGGUUGUAAUUGUGGCAGAGCAGAGGCCAGAUGCCAGCGAGGAGGACAGCUUCCAGUGGAUGAGCCGAGUGCUUCAGGCUAUCGACAGCAUCCAUCAGGUGGGCCUCUACUGUCUGGCUUUAGUCCCAGCCAACACCUUGCCAAAAACACCCCUGGGUGGCAUCCACAUCUCUGACACAAAACAGUACUUCCUAGAUGGCAACCUGCACCCCUGCAACAUCCUAAUGUGUCCUCAUACCUGUGUCACUAACCUGCCUAAGCCUCGUCAGAAGCAGCCAGUUGGUGUCGGUCCUGCAUCCGUCAUGGUGGGAAACCUGGUGGCUGGGAAGAGGAUCGCCCAGGCUGCAGGGAGGGACCUUGGCAUGAUCGAAGACCAGGAUCUUGUCCGAAAGCUCUGUAUGUGGCCCACUGUGAUGCACCAGUAUUUGACAGAGGCUCUACAGUGGAGGGCACAGACAGACCCAGACCAUGUUCUCUAUGUUCUUCUUAAUGCCAAGGGUGUAACAGUAGGAACAGCGACCUGCGUCCAGCUUCACAAACGAGCAGAAAAAAUAGCUGCUGCGCUCACUGAGAAAGGCAGCAUCAACACUGGAGAGAACGUGGUGCUGCUCUAUCCUCCUGGCAUUGAUUUGAUUGCUGCCUUCUACGGCUGCCUCUAUGCUGGAUGUGUUCCCGUAAACGUCAGACCUCCUCACCCUCAGAACCUGGCAGCCACACUGCCUACUGUCCGCAUGAUUAUUGAUGUCAGUAAAGCUGCAUGUAUCCUUACGACUCAAAACCUCAUGAGGACUCUGCGCUCCAAAGAGGCUGCUGCCUCUGUGAACAUUAAAACAUGGCCAACAAUCAUCGACACAGAUGACCUCCCUCGACGUCGGCCUCCACAGAUCUACAAGCCACCCACAGCAGAGAUGAUAGCUUAUCUCGACUUCAGUGUGUCCACUACAGGCAUGCUCACUGGGGUUAAGAUCUCUCAUGCAGCAGUCAGUGCACUUUGUCGUUCUAUAAAGCUGCAGUGUGAACUGUACUCCUCUCGCCAAAUAGCCAUCUGUCUGGAUCCUUACUGUGGUCUGGGCUUUGUCUUGUGGUGCCUCGCAAGUGUUUACUCAGGUCACCAGUCCAUCCUGAUUCCUCCCUUCGAGCUGGAAAGCUGCUUGUCUCUGUGGCUGGGCACGCUCAGUCAGUACCGCAUCAGAGACACCUUCUGCUCCUACUCGGUUAUGGAGCUCUGCACUAAAGGACUGGGUACUCAGACUGAGCUGCUCAAGGCCCGUGGUGUGAACCUGUCGUGUGUGCGCAGCUGCGUAGUGAUAGCAGAGGAACGACCUCGCCUUGCCCUCACACACUCCUUCUCCAAGCUCUUUAAGGACGUGGGGUUGUCCUCCAGAGCUGUCAGCACUGCCUUUGGCUCCAGGGUUAAUCUGGCCGUGUGCCUGCAGGGCACCACUGGUCCUGAUCCCUGUACAGUGUAUGUGGACAUGAAGUCCCUCCGCCAUGACAGAGUCAGGCUGGUGGAGAGAGGAGCACCUCAGAGUCUUCCUCUCAUGGAGUCUGGCAAGAUAUUGCCAGGUGUUCGAGUGAUUAUAGUAAAUCCAGAGACCAGGGGCCCACUUGGUGAUUCUCAUCUCGGAGAGAUCUGGGUGAACAGUCCUCACAAUGCCAGCGGCUACUACACCAUCUAUGGAGAGGAGAGUCUUCAGGCCGACCACUUCAACACCAAGCUCAGCUUCGGAGACCCGCAGACUUUAUGGGCCAGAACUGGAUACUUGGGUUUUGUGAAGAGGACAGAGCUGCUGGAUGCCAGUGGUGAUCGGCAUGACGCUCUGUUUGUGGUGGGCUCACUGGAUGAGACAUUGGAGCUACGAGGGUUGCGCUAUCACCCUAUUGACAUUGAAACGUCAGUGUCACGGGCUCACCGAAGUAUUGCUGAGAGUGCUGUGUUUACGUGGACCAACCUGCUGGUGGUGGUGUCGGAGCUGUGUGGUUCAGAGCACGAUGCACUGGACCUGGUGCCUCUGAUAACCAACGUGGUGCUGGAGGAGCACCACCUCAUCGUGGGUGUGGUGGUUAUUGUGGACCCUGGAGUCAUACCCAUCAACUCCAGAGGAGAGAAGCAGCGCAUGCACCUCCGUGACUCUUUCCUCGCUGACCAGCUGGAUCCUAUCUACGUUGCUUACAACAUGUGAGCGUCUGCUGUUGUCUGGGCUUGUUUAGCCAUCAUCCGCGGUCUUCUGCACCACCAUCCUGGCAUUCGACUACUGGCCUGGCGGGGGUGUAAAGCAAAAGCAUGAACCACACAUACUGACACCCAGCCCUGUGUGACACCAGCAUAUCUCGGCCACUGCAUGUCUGUGAUUGGAUCUGCCAUGUGUGGAGUUGUUCACUGUGUUUUUAUAGGUAGAAUUUUUGCAGAUGGGACAGAGAUAACAUGUACUGCAAAUCGCGAAGGAAAACAAAGUCCCUGCAGCACUUUUUAUGGAGAAAGGGCAAAACAACACAUAUAACAGGACCACUUUAUAAUGAAAACUAUAUUAAUGUCUUUGUGAAAAUGUCUUUAUUCUGUAGUUACCACGAACACGUCCCCUUUUGCGUCUACACAGAGCUACUAAACUGAAAUCAACAACUUGAAAUAUUUUUACAUGCAGCUUUCAAACAAACGCACACAAACGCAUGUGCUGAGCCCUGGUCAUUUCUCACUAACGUGGAUGAUUAAGAGGGUAAACUAUGACAACAGCAGCCAGUCACAUUCUGUGUGCAUCAUUUAGAAAGCUUAUUUUUCCCUUAAUAAUGAAGCCAAAUAGAUUUUCCUGCCCUAAUAUAUUUCCUGCCUUAUAAAACUUCAGCCAUACAUUCCUAUGAAUCACUAUUAAUGGCUGUUUAAUCCCCUUUGGGUUUGACUAGUAAGUGGAAAUCCUGACAGGUAUCCAUAGGGAUCAAAAUAAAAGAGGAAAGAGGCCAUAUUCUGUACUGUACCUACGAGGGCCUCUUUGUAUUUUAGAUACUGUAUGUUACUGUAUAGAUAUUUUUAAUUGUAUAAAUGUAUAAAUGCUUGACUCACCUCUCUCAGUUGAAGGUUUCUGGAUAAAUAACCCAGCUGGGAGAUUCUAAUAGUAGCAGAAAGAAGAUUGUAAAUAAGAUUUAACUGUUUUUGAAAGUACUUUUGACGUGGGAUACUAGCUAUAUAACGGAGGGUAAAGAUAAAUAAGUAAAGCAUUGUUAGUCAGGAUAGAUAUAACAUUGCACUUUCUCAAAAAUGAUCUAUUUUAUUAUAACAAUGAGGCAUUAUAACUAAUGGUUCAGGAGCAUACAUUAUAUUUGGAGAAUCUUGGUUACGGAGCUUUGAGAGUUUACUGGGAGGGCUAUCACUGUUAAUGCAAGGAAUCUUUCCUAUCGGCCAUUAAAAAAAAUGCUGUAAGGAGAAGGCUGAAACCAUGUUAUGACUGUUUUCAAGCGACCAGGUUAUUUUGUAAAAAAGUAGGCCCCUAGCUGUUCGUCUAAUAUCCAUUUGCCAUUGUACUUUGUAUUGCUAAACAGUCAUGCACUUCUCAGUUUUGUAUUACAUAAUAGAGCAAGUGUUCAAGAGUUUGGCCCCCUUUUCCUCUCAGCACUCAAAGGUUCAUUCAGACCGUGUUUUGUCUUUGUGCAACUUUGUAAAUAAUUACUUCCAAAAGGGAUUGUUGUUGGUACUGUAGUCAAUAGAGGCAGGUCAUCAUGUAUCUGGAUUAUGUUCUGUAUUCAGUCACUGGAUUUAGAAGCACUUGUGAAUGCAGUUGCAAAGCUGAGCCACAUUUGAAACAUCGAUUGGUCAAUAAAGAUAAUAUAUGACAAAGAAAAGGAUAAAAAAAAAUGUCAUUUGCAUCAGGAUGUAGUUGCAACAUGUAUUUGGUUUCCUGCAAUCUUGUGCUUUCCUUGUGCUCCUUGCCAUAAGUUCUAGGUUCUUUGUACUGGAUUAUUCUGUAUUUGAGUGAUGAACCCUUAAUGUCAGCAUGUAAAUAGUUUUUCGUUCUUUUUGGACUUUGGCAGUUGUUCCAGUCUAACAUUCAGUCAUGCCAAACACAAUAUUAGAGAGAGUUUUAAUCAUUUAAGGUAAACAGGAAUGACUUAAUUACUGCACUUUGCACUGGUAUUACUAUCAGUAGGUUUCUACUGUGUGGACUUUAUUUCUGCCCAUUUCACAUUCCAUAAGUGUGUGUUUAGAUAUAUACUGCUUGACAUUUGGUUUUGCCCAGUUUUAAGUCCAUCUGUAAAAACAACACUCUAACAGCACUUCAUCGUAGCUUUGACAUUGCAUCCUACAUUCGCAGUAGAAUGUUUGCAUGACUCAGCCAAGCACAAGAAGAAACUGGCUCGAGGCACAUCUCAUCUGGAGGCACAAGUGGUAGAGAUAAAUACAGUAUGUAUGAAACUGUAUAUUCAGGGAACAAAACUCAUAACACAGGGAUGGACCAGGUGGUCCCAUGGUGCAAUCUGUGAAUAGUACCCAUAAAAUGUAGACAUUUGUCAAAAUGAAUCUCCUUGUAAUUGUUCCAGAUCUUGCAAACCUAGUAAGCAAAAUGAGGGGUUACCAGUGUUAACCAGUAUCCAUCUACCAUCUACCUGCUUCGCUGGAAGUCUACAAGGGCUUCCUCUGGUUUCCACUCUUUUUCCGUCAGAGCUCUUACACACUAUGCAAUCCCAACGACGGUGCAAUUUAAUUUCAAAGCUUGCACAGUCUGGUGAAAUAAACAUGAUGCUUAUACAUUUUGUAAUAACUCAGAACAGAGGACUGAUGAAAUUUAACCAGUAGUGUACUUAAGACUGUAUUCAUCUCUUGAGUUGUUCUGUCAAUAUUUUGUGUAUGCACUCUUAGUAUGUUGUAUUUUAAUUAUUUGGUGAAAUCUAAACUUGCGCCAAGAGGGUGUGACCCACUGAUGAAUCUUUAAUACUACGGAGGUGUUUUAACUCACAUAGUUAAAAAUAAAUCACGGUGGUACACCCUUUCCCAUUUUUCUCACUUAUUUUCUAUUUUGGUUUGUUGUACUUUGUUUUAUACUUCAUGUAUAAGUAAUACAGAAUAAACAGAAGCAUUUAAUCAUU